GGUCGGUCUCUUUCGGCCCCACCCUACCCUUAUAUCCGGGUGACUAUCCACUGCGUGGGCGGGGGAAGUGCUGCAAAAAGCGAACUGGGGGCUUUGGAGGCUUUGGCCUUAGCUACGUAAAAGUUAAAACCUAAACGUUUGUUAAUGAUGAAAACACAGACCGCAAUAAAAAUGCCAUUUUGUUUAAUCAGGCAGCAAGUAAACUAGCUAUGGAUCCACCCUGCCAGACACUUCGCUCCGCCUCUCAGCCCUCAUUGGUCAAAACCUCCGCUCGGUAGCCCUGACAUUGGCCAGGCCCGGGGCCUACCGCGUCCAAUGGGCGGCGGCGCCGGCUUUCCCGCGGGCCGUUUGCUCUUUGAGCGGGUCGUGGAGGCGUCGGCGGCAGUUGGGGAGUGCAACGGUUGUCCUGCUCCGGCGCGACGAUGGCGGCCUUGGGGCCCGGAGGCUACGCGCGGAACGAUGCAGUCGAGAAGCUGCCAUCCGUCACGGUGGGAGUUCCGGCGCGGAGGAACCAGUGCUCUCCGCCUCCCGCUCCCCAACUGUGUCUCCGGCGGCGGACCCGACUCUCGGCGGCGCCGGAGGACACGGUGCACAACCGGGUGUCGCUCGAGAAGGUGCUUGGCAUCACAGCCCAGAACAGCAGUGGCCUGACCUGUGACCCCAGCACAGGCCAUGUGGCCUACCUGGCAGGCUGUGUGGUGGUGAUUUUGAACCCCAAGGAGAACAAGCAGCAGCACAUUUUUAACACUGCCAGGAAGUCGCUGAGUGCUCUGGCCUUCUCCCCUGAUGGGAAGUACAUAGUGACAGGGGAGAACGGGCACAGGCCUGCUGUGCGCAUCUGGGAUGUGGAUGAGAAGAAUCAGGUGGCAGAGAUGCUGGGCCACAAGUACGGCGUGGCCUGUGUGGCCUUCUCCCCCAAUAUGAAGCACAUCGUGUCUAUGGGCUACCAGCACGACAUGGUACUCAACGUCUGGGACUGGAAGAAAGACAUUGUGGUGGCUUCCAACAAGGUAUCGUGCAGGGUCAUCGCCCUCUCUUUCUCAGAGGACAGCAGCUAUUUUGUCACCGUAGGGAAUCGGCAUGUGAGGUUCUGGUUCUUGGAAGUCUCCACUGAAGCAAAGGUGACGGGCACGGUGCCCCUCGUAGGGCGUUCAGGCAUCCUGGGAGAGCUGCACAACAACAUCUUCUGUGGCGUGGCUUGUGGCCGGGGCCAGAUGGCAGGCAAUACCUUCUGUGUGUCCUACUCGGGCCUCCUCUGCCAGUUCAAUGAGAAGAGGGUGCUGGAGAAGUGGAUCAACCUGAAGGUCUCUCUGUCUUCCUGCCUGUGUGUCAGCCAGGAGCUCAUCUUUUGCGGCUGCACAGAUGGGAUAGUCCGCAUCUUCCAGGCCCACAGCCUGCAGUACCUCGCGAACCUGCCCAAACCGCACUACCUUGGGGUGGACGUGGCCCAGGGCUUGGAGCCCAGCUUCCUCUUCCACAGAAAGGCAGAAGCAGUCUACCCAGAUACGGUGGCACUGACCUUCGACCCCAUCCAUCAGUGGCUGUCCUGCGUGUAUAAGGACCACAGCAUCUACAUCUGGGAUGUCAAAGACAUCAACAAAGUAGGCAAGAUGUGGUCGGAGCUCUUCCACAGCUCCUACGUCUGGAACGUGGAGGUGUAUCCGGAGUUUGAAGAUCAGAGAGCUUGUCUGCCAUCAGGAUCUUUUCUUACUUGCUCCUCAGACAACACCAUCCGCUUUUGGAACAUGGAUAGCAGCCCUGACUCUCACUGGCAGAAAAAUAUCUUCAGUAAUACCCUGCUGAAGGUAGUGUACGUAGAGAAUGACAUCCAGCACCUGCAGGACACGUCGCACUUCCCAGACCGGGGGGGUGAGAACGGGACGCCUGUGGACGUGAAAGCUGGGGUGCGGGUCAUGCAGGUCAGUCCUGAUGGCCAGCACUUGGCUUCAGGCGACCGAAGUGGAAAUCUGAGGAUCCACGAGCUACAUUUCAUGGACGAGCUGGUCAAAGUGGAGGCCCAUGAUGCUGAGGUGCUGUGCCUGGAGUACUCCAAGCCUGAGACAGGACUGACCUUGCUGGCCUCAGCCAGUCGGGACCGACUGAUCCACGUGCUGAAUGUGGAGAAGAACUACAACCUGGAGCAGACCCUGGACGACCACUCCUCCUCCAUCACCGCCAUCAAGUUUGCUGGCAAUAGAGACAUCCAGAUGAUCAGCUGUGGGGCUGACAAGAGCAUCUACUUUCGCAGUGCCCAGCAGUCCUCAGAUGGACUACACUUUGUCCGUACCCACCACGUGGCAGAGAAGACCACCUUGUAUGACAUGGACAUCGACAUCACCCAAAAGUAUGUGGCCGUGGCCUGCCAGGACCGCAAUGUGAGAGUCUACAACACCGUGAAUGGGAAGCAGAAGAAGUGCUACAAGGGCUCCCAGGGUGACGAAGGGUCCCUGCUAAAGGUCCACGUGGACCCCUCAGGCACCUUCUUGGCCACUAGCUGCUCUGACAAAAGCAUCUCGGUGAUUGACUUUUACUCGGGCGAGUGCAUUGCCAAGAUGUUUGGCCAUUCAGAAAUCGUAACUGGCAUGAAGUUCACCUAUGACUGUCGUCACUUGAUCACAGUAUCUGGAGACAGCUGUGUGUUCAUCUGGCACCUGGGCCCAGAGAUCACUAACUGCAUGAAGCAGCACUUGCUGGAGAUCGACCACCGGGAGCAGCAACAGCAGAACAUGAGGGACGGGAAGUGGAGGAGCCAGCCCAGGCAGGAGACCUAUGCAUCCGUGCCCAGCGAGAUUUGCUCCUUAAGCCCUGGAGAGCAGACGGAGGAUGAGCUGGAGGAAGAGUGCGAACCGGAAGAGUUGCUGAAGACGCCAUCCAAAGAGAGCUUGGACCCAGACCCUCGGUGUCUGCUGACCAAUGGCAAGCUGCCACUCUGGGCAAAGCGGCUGCUAGGAGACGAUGAUGUGGCAGAUGGCUCAGCCUUCCAUGCCAAGCGCAGCUACAAACCACAUGGCCGCUGGGCGGAGCGGGCUGACCAGGAGCCCCUCAAGACCAUCCUGGAUGCCCGGAACCUGGAUUGCUACUUUACCCCCAUGAAGCCCGAGAGCCUGGAGGACUCUAUUCUGGAUACAGUGGAGCCCCAGAGCCUGGUGGGACUGCUGAGUGAGUUGGAGAGUCCCCAGGAGGAUGGCUGUGGGCAUCCCUCCUUCCUGCCCCUACAGAGGGAGUCCCCUGAGGACAGGGAGCUCAUCGUCUACUCCCUGGAGGCAGAAGUGACGGUCACAGAGACAGACAGCAAGUAUUGCAUGAAGACGACCGAGGCGGGGCCCGGAGAGCAGCAAGGAGACGCCUCCCUCAGGGUCUCCUCCAUCAGCUCCAAGGAUCAGAGCCCACCUGAGGACUCGGGGGAGUCAGAGGCCGACUUGGAGUGCAGCUUCGCCACCAUCCAUUCCUCCCCUCCACGGCCAGAGCCAGACCUGAUGCUGCCCCCCACACCGGGAUGCCCAGGGACCGCAGAAGAGCUGUCCCAGCCCGAGGUGCCAGGCAUAUCCAACAGCUCCCUGCCCCAGACCCCUGAGCAGGAGAAGUUCCUCCGCCAGCACUUCGAGACUCUCACUGAUGCUCACUCUGAGGAGCUCUUCCAUGGAUCCCUGAGAGACUUGGAGGCCUCUGAGACUGAGGACUUCUUCAAUCCCCGGUUGAGCAUCUCAGCCCAGUUCCUCUCACGCCUCCAGAAGACAUCCAGGUUCACCCACACCUUCCCUGCCCGGCUGCCCCGGCACCUUGUGAAGUCCCCAGAGGUCAAACUCACGGACCCUGGGGGCAGUCAGCCCAGAGCAGAGCCCCCGAGAGCAGGCGCUGGCCACACCUCCCCAGGCAGAACCAACGUCCCCCCUGGGAAAAAGCCUGAGGAGCCCGUUGAGAUCCUAGAGGCCUGGUGCCCACUGACCCCCUGCCUCACAGGUCUGGCACCCUGUGCCCCCUCCUCCUCAGUGCUGCCCACCGACAGGAAGCCUUCGACACCCACAGCCCUGCCCACUCCAGGCCUGGCUCAGGGUGUCCACAGCCCCUCCAUCCACUCAUACAUGGAGGCCACUGCCAGCUCCCGUGCCAAGAUGUCACGCAGCAUCUCCCUCGAGGACAGUGAGGGCCCUGUGCUGGCUGAGCUGGCCAGGCCCCUCCGCAGGCCCUCAUCAGUCGGGGAGCUGGCAUCCCUGGGCCAGGAGCUCCAGGCCAACCCCACCACGGCAGCACUCAGUUCUAACAGUGAGGGCCAAGAACCUGUCCUGCCCUCCUGGGGCAACCAUGAGGCCCGGGCGAGUCUGAAGCUGACCCUGUCGAGCAUCUGUGACAGGCUCUUGCUACCCCCUUCCCCAGUGGAACCUGUGGCCACCCAGCCCAGUGUCACCAUCGCAACAGCCACCUUCUCGGCCUCCAGCCCCGUGGAUGCAAGCACCCUGGGGCUCCACAAAUCCACCUUUCUCCCAAGGCUCCUGGCCCCUGAGCCCCUCAAUACCCCUGCCCACCCCAACAGCACCCCACUUCCAGAGGCCAGGCCUGGGGUCCCUGGCAGCAUCACCUCCGUCCUGGAGACAACCCCUGAUGCACUCAGUCUGGCCCAGGGCAACCUUGGACACUGGGAGGAGCCUAGGGUGCCAGCCAGGGUCCCGCCCUCAGCUCGCCUAGACCUGAGCACUGUGAGUACUAUCGUGCACAGACUGCAGACUGCCUUCCAGGAAGCCCUGGACCUUUACAACGUGGUUGGUACCCCCUUGCAGAUGGUCUCCCGUGACGAGGUGAGCAGUGAGCAGCAGCAGGCACGGACUGAACUGGCCUCCACCUUUGUUUGGAUCCAUAGCCAGUUAGAAGCCAGUGACUGGCUGGUUGGAACUGAUGUGGCCCAAGUCCAGCCCAGCCCAAGGUCCUCCUCCCCACCUACAUUGUGCCCCCUGGCCAGCCCAGAUUUGCAUGCCCUGCUGGAACACUACUCGGAGCUGCUGGUGCAGGCUGUGCGGAGGAAGGCACGGGGGGAUUGAGGGCCAGGAGCCUGCUCUCCACUACAGCCCUGCUGCUUCUGAAGAAAUAGACAUUUUAAGCAAAUAAACUGACAGUUUAGAGGAA